AUGACUGGUUGUGGUCGCACUGCAGACAAGUACUGGGCCUCGCCACUGCCUUUAUUCCAGCAGUUGCACGUCCCGCAAAGGACUCGUCAAACAUCAACUGCCCUGCCACCACCACCGCCACCUUGUGCCCUCCAAAUGUUGUUGGUUGUCGUGCAAAUGCCGCUCUUGGCGGCCUAUUGCUACGCCGACGAGUGGCUGCAACUGGCGUCCACUUGCACCGCGAUCCGAAAAGAACUGCGUGUGGCGACUCGAGCGCUGGACUUGGUGCCGGCUCGAGCAGCGCUACAGGAUGUCCACGUUGACAGGUUGCUGCGUUUGUUUCCUAACGUGUCGAAGGUACUCAUGUCUGGAUGCAAUGCGAUCACAGACAACGGGUUGACAUUGGUGGCGUCACUGCUCAAGCUGCAGACUUUGCAUCUCAAAGGCUGCGACCAGGUCACCGACGCCACCAUGGUGCUGAUGGGGCAGUUGCCACAACUGACAUCGCUGGACGUGGGCUACUGCGGCCGUAUUACGAGUUUGGCAGCGUUACCUCGCACAUUGACGUCAUUAAACCUGAAGAACUGUAAAGGAAUCGACGACGACGCGUGCGCUGCAUUGACCCACUUGACAGCCCUCGAAUCGCUCAACUUGUGGUAUUGCCAUCAAGGCCAACUCUCGGACAUGGCCAUGGAGUACGUGGGUGAACUGGUCAAUUUGAAGUCGUUGGUUCUGUCCAAUUGCAGUCAAAUCUCAGACAACGGCUUGAACGCCAUCAUUCGAUGCAUGAAACUCGAAGUGUUGGAGUUAGCCAACCUCGGCGAUGUCAGCGACCAAGGCUUGUGGCACCUGCAUUCGUUGGUGAAGUUGCGAUCGCUGGAUCUGUCCGGGUGCUAUUCCAUAUCGGAUGCCGGUACCAUCAUGCUACGCCACUUUCCCGCCCUGGAAUCGUGCAAUUUGUGGUAUUGCUCCAACUUGACCGACGACACUGUUGCCAACUUGGUGCACGGGUCCACGUGCAUUACAUUUUUGAACGUUAUGAAAGUCCUACGGCUUACCGAUGUGUCGCUGGCGCUGAUGGGUUCAAGACUGCUCGCAUUGAAAACCCUGGACCUGGGCAAUUGCGAAAGUAUCACGGACACGGGCCUGACUUCCGUUGCAAGGCUAACGCGGCUGGAAUCGUUGACGUUAGGAUCGUGCACUGGCAUAUCCGAUGCUGGAAUCGGUGCGUUGGCGCCGUUAUGCCAGCUCAAGGUGUCACGGUGCGACUGCGGGGUCCACGACUCUGCCGAGGCUGCGAAGCCAGACGAGGCCCCGAUCGACCCUCUGCCUCUCCUGAAGACCGCGUUGCCUUUCUCAUCUACCAAGACGGAGAUCCCUCAACCGUCAACUGCCAAUGCAGUGCUGGACUUGUCCAAGUGCCGCCAGCUCGGAGACCAAGCGCUCGACGGAUUGGAACAGCUCGUAAACUUGGAAUCCCUCAACCUGAUGCGGUGCUGUCAGUUCACGGACGCCGGCGUCACACACCUGAAGAAUCUGACCAAGUUACGCAUGUUAAACCUGGCCAACUGCCGCCUCCUCACAGACGCGAGCUGUCGGGUGUUGAGCGGCCUCGUGAACUUAACCUCUGUCGUGUUGUGGUACUGCCACGGACUUACGGACCACGGCAUGGCCCAGCUAGCGACUUUGACCAAACUACGCAGUCUCGAUGUGGCCGGCUGCUCCAAGCUAACGACAGCCGCCGUGGUGGCGCUGUCGUCGCUACCGGCGCUGGAAAGGUUGGACAUGGGGAAUUGUGUCCUUAUCACGGACGACGCCAUGCCCCACCUUGCUAUGAUACAAACGCUCAAGUCGCUCAACUUGGCGGAAUGCAGCGAGCUAUCGGACGUGGGUGUGAAAUGCUUGGUCGCGUUGCCUCGCUUGUCGUCCAUCAACUUGUGGUAUUGCAACAAAAUCACCAAGGACGGCAUUGAGUUCCUGGCGCGGCACACGUCCAUCGACCGUUGA